UCAGUGUUUUAUUGAUUCAUGUCCCUUGGCCAAAUAAGUUUGAAUGUUAAACUUGAGAAUCCAUCUCCAUUUGGUUAUUAUCAAAUAUCUAUAUGUGUGAGUGUGUUCGUUAGCCCAUCGCCCGACGAGGUGGUUCGAGCGCGCGAACGAGAAGAUACUCGGCCACUUGGAUCCCGACCAGCAUAGCGUGCAGCAGCAGUUAGAAGCACUCGCGAACUCUGUAUUCAGCCAUUUUGAGAUUAAGCCGAACCGACUCAACAAUUUUGGCGCAGCCGAUUGGAUUAUGAUGAAUGACGACGGGAAAUUCAGCAUGUUGGGUGCUUUCAACGACAAAGCCGAUGCAAAUGAUUUACGUAGAGAGUGGGAAGAAUGACACCGUGAAUGGCACCCAGCAUGAAAAGUUGAUCACCAUGCUGGCCAUCGGAGGAAGAGGACUUCAACGGAUUUUCUAUAAUCUACGACCAGUGGCAGAAGAAAUUGUUCCGGAGGUGGUUAAGGUGCCUCUGAUGCCCAUCGAAGCACCGGAAUAUGACAACGCUGUCAUACGUCUGCAGAAGUUCUUCGUGGGAAAACGAAAUGAACGUGUGGAGCUGGAAGUUUUUCGCUCGCUAAGACAGACAAGCGAAGAGUCGUUCAAUAACUUCAUGCUACGACUGCGUGCCCAAGCUGGAAGAUGUGAGUUUUUGGAGCGCGAAGAAACAGAGCUGUUGCAGCAAAUCACGAUGGGGGCACAUGAUGAAAAAGUUCGAGACAAAGGAUUGGAGAACGUUAUGAGCUUGGAUGAAAUUGUUACGUACGCAAUGAAUCGGGAGAUCCUUAUGAAGCAAAGAGAGAAGCAAAAACCCUUCCGUGCUGAAGCUGAUGUGAACAGUGUACGCUCCAAUCGAUCAACGGCCCGAUUCCAUCCGAGGCAAAAUGCAAGCAACCCCCGGUUCGAAAAGCAGAAAUAUGUUCGGCCAGCUGGCAAUCGUUCGCUGAGUGAAUGUAUGCGUUGUGGUUCGUUCCGACAUUCCGGAGACUCCAGGGAAUGUUUUGCCAGAGGUGCAAAUUGCAGUAAUUGCGGACAGCGAGGACACUACGCGAGGAAAUGUGGAAAUCGAAAUGUGCAGCGCAAUCGUCCAUCGAAACCCGAACCGAGACGUAUCAGCUUCUCCGAAGCAAACUCGGUGAAUGCAGCCGAGUCCUGGAAAGAAGAGAUUCCUCAUCGUCCGACCACUGCAGAUAUCGCCAAGGUGGAGUAAUAUAUAUAUAUAUUUUUGGUUUUUAUUUUUCAAUGAAGUUGAAUUGCAAUAAUGAAUUAUAAUGGAUUGUUUACCAACUCGAAUAUUUUUGAUUUAGGUGGAAACCAUUCCCCUGAGUUCUGAUUCCAUAUUGUGCCGAAUUGAUACAGUACCGGUCGAGUUUGUUAUU